AUGGAUCCCAUCACAGCUGUUGGCUUUGCCGCCGGUAUCCUCAACUUUAUCGAAUUCUCGUCGACUCUGGUGCGGGGUACGUUAGAGGUCUACCACUCGACAUCAGGCACAACUACGGACAACACCCACAGUGGAAAGCUACUCGCCGACUUGCAAGAAGUCACCCAAGAGCUAGAGGUCCGCUUCGAUGUAGAAAGUGGUGAUCAGACCGCCAAGGCACUUGCGACUUUGGCAACGAAAUGUAUGGAGCUCUCCAAUGAGCUGGCAGCAAUCCUCCAGAAACUCGAAGCUAGGGGCAGAAAUAAGAGGUGGAAAAGUUUCCAGGUGGCUUUUUUUGGCGUUGUGAAACAGAACUCGAUCGCUUCAAUAGAGAAGCGACUGGCAGAGUAUCGUUCUCAGAUCAUCUUACGUCUGAGCUUAAUGACAAGCUCCCAGAAUUCUGCUUUGGGUCACCAUUUUGAUGAUCUUGCGAAAACGAGUCUUGUUUUGAAAAGAGAGCUUGGCCAUAAUGCGCGCCUCCUGAAACAACUGCAAGCAUCCGUCCAGCAGAUGCAGAGUGACGGGGAAAUUUCCUCUAUCUUGAUAAAGUCUCAGAUUUCGGAACUUCAGAGAGCAACACUGAACACCCAGCAAGAGAAUUUGUUACUGAAAGGUCUUUACUUUGAUUCUUUGUUUCUCCGGGAAGAGUCUGUUAGCGACCCUGAGGCUGGCACCUUUAGGUGGUUACUGGACUAUGGGGUCCAGUUAUCUGGUCAUUCGUCGGACACAUCAUAUGCAUCCACCAGUCCAUCAAGCCAAGAGAAGAUAAACAUUUUAGAUGAAGCUGCACUUUCUGCACGACUAUCAGCCAUAUCAGCAUUUCGCGGCUUUCUGGAAGCUGGCAACGGCUUCUUCUUCAUCUGCGGCAAAGCAGGUUCAGGAAAGUCAACGCUGAUGAAGCACCUGGCUUACGAUCGCACUUUAAAGCAAGAACUUGACCAAUGGUCUGGAGGAAGAAGACUUGUAGUGGCUAAGUUCUUCUUCUGGAACUCGGCGGACGCAAUGCAAAAGUCCCUGAAGGGAUUAUAUCAAUCGCUUCUCUUCGAGGUCUUCCGGCAAUGCCCAGAUUUGAUUCGCGUCCUCUCUGAAGUGAUCCCUUCAGCUUGGAGUUUUGGGUGGAAGCCCAAGCUUGACGAAAUGAAGACCGUAUUUGAGACACUCGUCAGUCGUCCACUUCCGAACGUGGCGUUGUGUCUUAUUGUCGAUGGGUUGGAUGAAUAUGAGGGAGAUGCUCUUGAGCAUUUUGAGCUGGCCAAGUUACUGAAGCAAUGGUCUAGCCAGCCAAAAGUCAAGAUUAUAUGCUCAGCAAGGCCGCACACUCAGUUCCUGGAUACCUUUGAUCUACCUCAUCGGGUUUUCCAUCUACAUGAAUUGACGCGGAACGACAUUCGUUCUUACGUCAAGGUACAAUUUGCAUCACGUUUACCAAAUACUAAAAACGGUGACCUGAUGGGCGCCUUCGGUACCAUUGCCGAGGAGAUUGUGGGCAUGUCAGAUGGCGUGUUCCUAUGGGCACGGCUUGUUGUGCGCUCGCUUCUCAUUGGCAUGGCCCAUGAUGAUUCACCAAAAGCCUUGAUGAAAAGGUUGAAUGACACCCCCCGUGACAUCAACACCCUUUUUAGAAGGAUCUUGGACUCUGUGGACCCAAGUGUACGCCAUAGAUCCGAUCAGAUGCUCUCACUGGCUCUCGAUAACCCAUUCAAACAUGACCUGAGCGCAAUUGUCUACUCAUGGAUCGAAGAUCUGGAUGAUCCUGAUUUCCCGUUCAACCGCCCAUGCAAAGGCAUUGGUGAAGCGGAGGUCGAGAAACGACUAAGUAUAGUCCGACGACAAUUGGAUGCUCUUACCAGAGGGUUGCUCGAAAUUAAGGAGCAACGCUCAGGUUUUGGUCGUUGGGAUGGUGAAGCCCCCUAUUGGCGAUACCCGGUCGGGUUCUUGCACAAAAGCGUACGGGAUUUCUUACGCGACCACUGGAAGAUCAACACUCUGUAUGGGGCCGCUCCUACCUUUGAUCACCUGCGUUUGUAUAUUGCACAAGCGCAAUACGGGAUAGGAACCCAUCUCUGUGGCAGUUACAUACCGUAUAGCGUGAUAAGGCCCCAAUACGGCCAGAUUAUUUCCUUCUUGGCGCACAUAUCCUCUCACGAUGACCAAAGACGCAUAUUAGAUCAUUUAGCGAGAAUACACGAAGGUUAUAGGUCGCUUAGUCUCUCGUAUCCCAAAGGAGAGAAUCUCCUCUUCUGGCGGGAGACCGUUGAGUGCCACACUUGUCGGACGCACUGGUUACAGCCAAGCGUUGAUGUCAAUUUUUGGCACUGGAUCACCCAAACCCAAUUCUCCUGGUAUUCUUUAGAACUUUUACGAAGACAUGAUAGGGAUAAUACCAACAGUCGCUUCAUCGACAGAAAGCGUCUCAGUCUCAGUGCGAUCUGUAGGCCAGGCAAUCUCGACCUUCUGCGAUAUCUCUUCAGCACUGGAGUAUCACCAGCGACGCUGUGCACGAUAAUCGUGUAUGAAGAUCGAAAAAGCAACGCCUUCGGAAGUGAAGGCGCUGUUCAUGCAGAGGCACCGUUGUGGCUCGUAUUCUUGAGAUACUAUCUGUUGGAAUGGCGCUCUAGGCCAGCUAAUAUGGAUCGCUUACUGACAUGUUUUCUUGAAGCUGGAGCAGACACGAACUUGAUCGCCUUGGCAUAUAUCGAGAAAGCACCGGGUCGAGAUAAAUCCUUUCCCGUUUCCAUUCUCGAUGGGACACUGAGUUUCUUUAUUGAGCUGAAGGAACUGUUAGAUAUAGUUGGGUUCUGCGACGAUCCCGCUCGUAGAGACCUGCUGCGCGGAGCCUACAAGGUAGCAUGGACGGCCUGGAUGCGACCUGCAGUUAAGUUGCUCAACCCAUACAAAUCGCACGGUCAUGCAGGAAGCGGCUGGAAAGACAAGUAUAGACCAGCAACCCAGGAAGAGCUGCGUGACCCCGGUCUGACCGUCUUUGGUGUCAUUUCAGAGACGGCUGGGCUUGUGGGCAGGUUCAAAUUCCCAGUGCUUGGAGUAGAUGAGAUCGAUGGGCCGAUUGAGUUUCAUAACAAAUUUCGGACUGGAACUGUUCAUCGAACCUGA